AUACCUAUCAGUAUCGCUUGUAAACUCGCUUACUUACAGCCUUUCUCGGCUGCCAUGUACACGACCGCGCGCGAGAUAGAUAGUGUGCACGCGUGAGACCGAUCCUCGCUCGUCUUCGGACACGCAAGUGGGCUCCGGUACGCGUCCUUUCGCGGGGCUGCCGAUUUUCGCUCAUCGAGAUCGGUAUAUGGUGUGCGAUUAAGUGCGACGAUGAGCCGCGCGCGAUGCAUCGAUUCGCGAGGAUCGAUAUAGUCGGAUCUCAAAGUUGAUUCACGCGAUCGUGAAAUUCCUUUUGCCGAUUUUCCAGUGAAGUACCGCGUUUGUUGCCGAUCGCGAGAGUCCGGUAAAAAUCGUUUCGAUUCGCAAGCUCUCUUGCUGCAGGACUGCGGUGCGCGUUUUAUUUUUUUUUACGAGACCGCGCAUUGAAUCGGACUCGGAGAUUCUUGUAAAAAUUUAGUAAAAAAAAGUGGACAUCAUGCAGAUCUCCGCCGGUUGACUCGAGACUCUGUAAAAGUCAUCUACACCGAGCAAUACAACACAACAUUUCAUCGACUGCACGAUCUCUCGUUCGAGAGCAGGCAACGCGUGUGCAACGCAGCAAUCAGCAUGUAACACAGACGCAGCCGUAACAAUUGAGACAAACAUGUGAGCCCGAAAGACAAUUUCCACCACGCUAUGAAGCCAGUACGGCAAUCAAAUUUGUUGACUUGACUUUUUUCUCGCUCGCCGUGAACGACGACGACGAGGACGACGACGAGGGUGUCUCGUUACUUUGCGCGCGCGUGUGUGCAUAGUACCACUACACGAUAUACUGCAGUGCCCUCGCAGAGAAAAGAAGAAUAAAAAUAAAAAGGUUUGUCGCUUGUUAAGUGCACGUGGGUGUCGCGUGUGCGAGGGCGCGAAAAGCGACAUCGACGACGGAGAGACGCUUUAAAAAAUACAGCGCAAGGAUAAAACAAAACAAUCAUCGUUGUAUCGGGACACGCGCGGAGCAGCGUUGCGACGGCUCGACGACGACUCUCGUCGAUCGCUCGAUGAUCGUCCGGGACAGAAGGCUCGAAGCAACAGCGUCAACAGAAAAAGCAGUAGCUGCAGCGAGUGUCGCCGAGUUAUCAUGUGAUUAACAUUUAGAGGGAGAUGCCGCCGUGUAAUUCGGCAAACUCGUCGUCCAAUAUUAGCCGCAGAGAACGAAGACGAUCACGCCGUAGGAAAAGCAGUGGUGGUGAGCUGCUGUCGGAGCUGGCGGCAAUCGUCGCGUUGUUUUCCUUCGUUACUUGAGCGAGUGCCCCGCAGUGCUGAGUGUUUGUGUGUAUAAUAAAAUAUAUAAGUGUGUGAGGCCAAAAAAAGGCCAACGACCAGCAACAAUAACAACAACAACAACGAAGAUGAGCAACAUCGAUUUCGACGAGGUGCUUCUGCACGUCGGCGAGAAGGGCCGAUACCAAAAUAUCAUGUACUAUCUGCUCUGCAUACCUGCGACGUUACCCGCAGCUUUCCUUGUCUUCUCCCAGGUGUUCGUCAGUGCCACGCCGGAUCAUUGGUGCCGCAUCCCGGAGCUGCACAAGCUCCGGGGCAUUCUCAGCCUGGAGGAUCGCAAGGCUCUCUCGCUGCCCUACUCGGAAAAAAAGCUAGACGGCCGGCUCGAGUACGACAAGUGCACGAUGUACGACGUGAACUACACGGAGAUCGUGGAGUCGUGGCUGGGCCCGGACUACGACAACGUCACGGCGGGCCUCGGCCUGGCCGACUUCGCCGACACCGGCGGCGGCAAUCACUCGACGACGGACAGCUCGACGGGGGGCCUCUUCAGUCCGGACGGCCACGGCGGCUCCAAUCUGACCUCGCUGCUGCGCUUCCCGCGCAGGCUGCCACCGCCGCCCGUCGGCAAUCCCAAUUGGACGGUGGUGAAGUGUCGAUGGGGCUGGGAGUACGACACCGGGGACUACGACAGCACCCUCGUCACCGAGCUAGAUCUCGUAUGCGACAAGGGCUGGUGGCCGUCCACGUCGACGACGUUCUUCUUCGUCGGCAGCCUGUUCGGCAACGUCGUCUUCGGCUGGAUCGCGGACAAGUGGGGCCGUAGAACGGCCUCCCUCGCCAUCAUCUUCUUCGAGGUCAUAUUCUCCAUCGCGACGAGCUUCAGCCCGAAUUACGUCGUCUACACUGCGCUGAGGACCAUCAACGGCCUCUUCUUUCCUGCCAUUUAUCAGAUACCAUUUAUUCUUGCCCUCGAGCUGAUGGGUCCAAAGUACAGAACGUUCGCCGGUAUGGUGAUAUGCAUUUUUUUCGCCACGGCCAUGACGCUGCUGGCGCUUUUAAGUUACCUUUUAAGGCACUGGUACUCGCUUUCACUUGCGAUAUCCGUUCCGUUCGUCUUACUCUUUAGUUAUUAUUGGAUAAUUCCAGAAUCGCCAAGAUGGCUACUUAGCAAAAAUAGAAUAGAUGAGGCAGAAGAGAUCGUUCAGACAAUGGCUCGGGUGAACGGCAAGACGGUGCCGCCCAACUUUCUUCGGACGUUGGAGAUGGAGCUACAGCAGAGACAGAGAACGGCGUGCAACGGCGGCAAUACCGAUGAUCUCGAAUCGUACAGCAGGGUGCAACCGACCUCGGCCACGCCGAUGGACAUCCUCAAGAAUCCCAACAUACGUAAAAAGUUUUUCAUCCUCGCCUUCGACUGGAUCGCCAAUGCCGUCGUUUACAAUGGGCUUUCCUACAAUGUGAGCAAUCUUGGAGUCUCAGAUUAUCUGGCAUUUUUCAUCGGUGGCCUCGUCGAGAUACCAUCGUACGUCGUGACUUGGUAUGCCAUGGACAGAAUCGGCCGAAGAUGGGUUUUGUGCUCGACCAUGCUCCUCGGUGGCGUCGCCUGUUUGUCCUGCAUGCUGGUACCGGAAGGUGAGAAUUACGUGUGGGUGACGGUAACGCUGGCGAUGGUCGGCAAGUUCGGGAUAGCCGCCUCGUUCGCCGUGUUCUACGUGUUCGUGGGCGAGCUGCUGCCCACUGUGCUGCGCUCGCAGGCCAUGGGCAUCGCCUCGUUCGUCGCCGGCAUCGGACUGCUCGCCUUUCCCUACAUCGUCAGUCUGGCGGUCUACUCCAAGGUCCUGCCGCUCAUCAUCAUGGGCACGCUCAGCGUCGCCGGCUCCAUCACCUCGAUAUUCCUGCCCGAGACGCUCAACAUUCACCUGCCGCAGACGGUCGAGGAGGGCGAGCGAUUCGGCGCCGAUUUCAAGCUCUGGUCGUGUCCGACGUUGCCUUCCAGGCGAGAGCAGCUAGGCAGAAGAAGAAGCAGCGCAGAGCGAAAAAGCACGGAAUUCGUUCCGCUCAAGUGUUUGGUGAACGGGGGUCCGGACGGUCGCAAUCCAACGACUCAGGUAGUCGAGGCCGACUCGGACGGCUUGGUCGAGCCCGGAGCAUCGGCCAAGGUGUCGGCCAAGGCAGCUAAAGCAGCGGCGGCAGCGUCGCGCAACGGCAAGAAAAAUAACAACAGCAGCAGCAACAACAACAGCAGUAGCAGCAACAGCAGCAGCAGCAACAGCAUCGGCAACAGCGUGGAGAUGGCCGGCAACAGCAGCAGGAGGCUGCAUCAUCGCCUGCUGCGCGGGGUCAGCUCGAGCGACGAGGAGCAGCUGAAUCCGUCGUCGCCCGGCUCGAUUCGCGUACCCCCGAUCGAGCUGCGCCGGGCCGUGGUGAUCGAGGGUCCAGCCGUCUGCACGACGAUACUCGCUGUGCGCGCCGAUCUGUGAGUCGAUUCCGAGGAUCGGUGGAUUGCAGAUACAUGUAUUGCCUCGAGCGCUAGACUUGGUUUACUCGUUCUUCGUCGCCGUGUGCCGUACACGGAGAAAAAGGUUGGCAGUUAGAAAGUAAUCUCUAUGAGAAGCAGAUACCGACGGUGCGGUAGCUUCGUCGUAUGCUAUAACGAUUUUAGAAGUGAAACUUCCUCAUGAGCAUCGGAUGAGCAGAGAAUUGGAAAAAAAAUGAUGUAUACUCUUAGUAAAAUUCGGAGUUUCGCGAUAAUUUUAUCGGCAACAAAUACCGAAUCUAUAGAGAAACAAAGAUACAUAUAUUGGCAUGCAAUAUGCAAGUUGCAGUUUGGUAUAUAGUAUGCACUAUCAUAUUUACUGUUUAUUGUGUAUUAUUCUACAUGUAGUACGUGUAUUUAAUGAAAAAAGAAAAAUGAAUGUACACGAAAAAAUUUAGAGUUCCAACCUGUAGAAAUUUUCUAUUGAUGUAUCGUUUCGAAUUUUAAUUGUGACCUUCUACUCUACGUGAGCUUUCGGAAUUGAUAACACCGAUAAAUAUGAAAAAUCAUGUGAGCAGUAUCGAUCUCUGCUGUUUAAGGAGAAGCAAAAAAUGUUCCAGACGGAAUCGAUGCAUUUUAUCUUUAAGCGAAAAAAUUUUCGUGAACGUAUUAUUUUAGUGCAUUCGCUACGAAUUGCAUUGCAUCAGGGUAAGUAUGACGAUUAAUAAUAAACAAAAGUUACCGGUAUGUCGCCACUGUAUCGAUUGACACGCGCAAAAAAUCGGUAACAAUUAAAUGUAUGUUAGUAAAAAUAUUGUUGUAAUUUUGAUUUACAUGUAUUUUUUUGCCUAUUGACAUUUUUUCAUUUUAGCAACUUUAGGAGUCGCAUCUGUCGAACAUUGACCUGUAUACAAGAUUUAUAGUACAUUUACUUGAAUUAACGCUAGCGAUGUAUGUAAAUAUAUAAUAUAUUGUGAAAAUGACUAUUCUGUUAAUCUUACAUCGCCUAGGCAUAUUUUCUAGAAAAACAAAAUGAAAUAUGUGUUCUCUGACUUGUUAUCAAAUACAACAGUUCUCGAAAAUUGCAUCAUCUUUUUUACAGUGAAAAACAUUACAAUGUAUCAUCCGUUAUGAUCAGUCUUUAAGUUUUGACAGAUAAGCAACUACUUAUAAGUUUAUUUUAUGUUCGUAUUUAAUUGAUGAAAACAUUGUGACGCGAUCAAAUAAUUAUAGCAAAAGUUUUUCGGAUAUUAUUAAUGUAAGUAAUUUAGAUAACUAGAUAUGACAUAUGUACGAAUUAAUUAAAACCAACAAGAUUAUACAAUAUAAGUUUUUUUUAUAAUUUUGAAACGAUAAUUAAGUUUGUUGAUCAAUAAUUGUUUUAAUAACAACAAAAAUAUCCAAUUAAAGUAUUUCAAUCUUUUGAUUCGGAGAAUCAAUGUUAUACGCUUUAACAACGUGGAUACUAAAUAUGUUUCUGCACACAUUCAAAGUGUUCGAUAUGUAAAAUUGCAUUAAUUGUUAUUGUACAAAUGAUCAAUGUUGAUGAAACUUAUCUACAAUAGUAUAGAUAACUAAUAUGUAAUCAAUUUAGUAAAAUGUAAAUCUUGCCGUUCAUAUAUUCGUAAAAUGAAGUUAUACAACAACAAAAAAUAUCGUAAAGUUUCAUAAUUUCUCUGUCAAUAAAACUCAGAGUCAAUAGUGUAAAAACAAAUAAG